AACCAAAACUGCUAAAAAGCUACAAUGUAUCAUUUAUUUGCUUUUGGUCUGGACCAAAUGAACCGAACUAUAGGUGUGAAAGCACCCUUAAUGUUCAAUGUAUAAGUCUCAAUUUUCUAAUAUGACUUUAAUAUUGACAUUUAUAAUCACAGGAAAAACAAAUAAAACAUGCAAAAUUGCGUUUAGUAUGAAGCCAAGACAGGAAAAACUCAAGUAUUUGAGUUUGGACCCUUUUUAUUUGGAAUUCUAGGUUGGAAAUAUUAGCUAUUAAGCAUAUUAUUAGUGUUAUAGGUGAUUAUAAGUACAAAGCUAUCAUCUGUUAUAUUUCUUAAAAGUGAUUACUCAUCUUUUCUUGGUGUCUGAAAAUGCACUGAAUGAAUGUUGGAGAACUGAAAGAAGCAGUCAUCACUGUUUUGCAAUAAUGGGUUUUUCAUUUUCUUUCUAAUGCACGUUACUGAAACUGGCAGCUUUGUUGUCCAGACUCUAAGCUGCUUUAUUACAUUGGAUUCCUUUCUAGAGCUACAGUUUUUGCAUGUUCUCUGGAUGUAGCAGCAUUUUGUCACUGUGUUGUCCAACCUUACAGGUGAUGAGUCUCAGUAAAAUGAACAGAAACAGGUGUAACAGUACAUUUUCAGAGGUCUUGUUACCUCCUAUCUACGGUGUGGAGAUGUGUGUGGCACUGGUGGGAAAUAUACUGGCACUGUGGCUGCUUGUGACUAAGGAGAGAAAGAACUGGCACACAGGAGUAGUGUUCUCCUGCAACCUGAUCAUCAGUGACAUCUUUUAUGCCCUCACACUCCCACUUCUCAUCGUCUACUAUUCAAGAGGACGGGUCUGGGGAUUUGGUAAUGCACUCUGCAAAAUAGAGCGUUUUCUCUUCACCUGUAACCUCUACGUCAGCAUUUACUUCAUCAUGUGCAUCAGUGUUAAUCGAUACCUGGCCAUCGUUCAUCCAUUUUUUACACGCACACACAUUCGUCCAAAACACGCCAAGAUCACCAGUGUGAUCGUCUGGAUAUUUGUUGCAAGCAUUUCAUCUCCAGUCCUCUACUAUUCAGGUCUGAAUAAGGGCAGAUGUUCCUUAUUUGCAAAUGACAGCAGUAAAGCACUAGUAAGACAACCUAAUAAGACAACCUACAGAUUGUUUAUGGCUGUUACAGGCUGUUUGGUACCUUUUGUAGUUACUUUUGCAUCAUAUAUUGGUGUUUUGUGGGUGGUUUUUAAAAAUGCAAAUAUCACCUUGUUGGAAAAGAAAAAAGUUGCCCUGAUUGUAGGUUUAGGUUGCAUCCUGUAUGCCGUGUCGUUUGUCCCCUUUCAUAUUCUCCAAAUAUGGAAUUUUAAACUAAAGGAAGAAAAGAAGACUAAUUGUUCUGUUCAAAAUGGAUACCAAGUGUCAAAGGCAUUAGCCUGCCUGAACAUGUGCCUUCAUUACAUCCUGUACAUGGCUGUGUUUGACAGUAUCAGAGCAGUGUGCUGCAGAAGGAGCUCAGACGUAUCAAAUGAAAAAAUCACAGAUGGAGAACGCUUGUCGAAGGACCUUGAAUUGAAAUCCAGAGACUGAGACUACACAACAUUUUGUUUUGUGUUGAUUUGGGUGUAUGUUUGGAGUCAUUAUCUUGUUGAAUGUUCAAUGGUCAAAUCUUAACCUUCUGGAAGACAACCAGCUUGAGGGCUAAACUGCGACUCUGGUCAGUAGAAUUAAGUUUAUUCAAGAAUUACACACUCAACAAUCACAAGAUGUAAAAUGGUCUCAAAGGUCAAUGUCGUACCUCCAUAUUUUAUUUUGCACAGAGUUUGGGGGAUUUUCCUUAGUAUGUUCUUGGUACUGUUGUCAGUCAUGUUGAUGGCCUGCAUGGGCAAAAAAAAUGUUUAUAACUGAUUCAGAUGGUAGAUAAAGUGUUUCCUCUAAAUAUCAUGUAGUUGUUUUGUUUUAUUUGAAAUAAAUGUAUAGAAUUUUUCAGAAAAAUA